UUCACGGAGUAAGGAAAAUUAGAGGGGACUGGAAGAAAGUUCCCGGGCAGCUGAUCCUUCGGAGCGCUGCUGGGCAGCUGCGAGCAAAAAAGAGCGGUCCCCCUUCCUAGCUCCCAGUCAGAGGGCGCCGCCGGAAAACAAAGGCGGCCUUGCCCGCCCUUCCUUCAUGUUGUCGCCGCCGCCGCAAUCGGCGGUCUUCUUCGAGCGGGAGCUGCCCCGGCGGGACGGCUCUGGGAUCCUUCGGCUGACGCAGCGUUCGGCCGGCGGGACGGGCUCGGUGGUGUGGGACGCCGCGCUGGUGCUGGCCCGCUUCCUAGAGAAGAAGGCGGCACAAACAGAGCAGAGCGGCGGAAGCCCGGUGGGCCUUCUCCGCCACAAGGCCGCGCUCGAAUUGGGCGCCGGCACCGGCCUCGUCGGCCUCGUGGCCGCCAGCCUCGGAGCAAAUGUUACUGUUACUGAUCUGGAGGAAGUUCAGGAUUUAUUAAAAAUGAACAUUGAGAAUAAUCAACAUCUUGUAUCAGGUUCAAUUCAAGCCAAGGUACUGAAAUGGGGGGAAGAUGUGACAGAUUUUCUUCCUGCACCUGAUUUCAUAUUGAUGGCAGAUUGCAUCUACUACGAAGAGUCACUGGAACCAUUGAUUAAGACCCUGAGGGACUUGGCUGGCUUGGAUACUUUCAUCCUUUGCUGUUAUGAAGAAAGGACUGUGGGACAAAACCCAGAAGUAGAGAAAAAAUACUUUGAGCUUCUUCAGAAGGACUUUGAGUUGCAAAAGGUUCCCUUGGAUGAACAUGAUGAAGAAUAUCAGAGUGAAGACAUUCAUAUCUUUAUCAUGCAAAAGAAAAAAAUGAAUAUUUCAUCAUGAAAUCCUUGAUGCUGUUUUCUGACCUCUGAUUUACAGAAGAAAUCUUUAGAAAAUUGGAAAUUAAAGAAUUUUUAAUAAAUUUUCUGCAGAACAUCUCUGCAGCCAGAAGGGAAUCAGCAUAUUGUUUUAUACUAAAGUGAUUUCAGAAAAAAAAUCAAUUCUCUUGAAAAAGAACUACAAGCGGUAGAAGAAGAAAAAAGAAAAAAGGAAGGAAGAAAAAAAGGAAAGGAAGGAAGGAAGAAAGAGAUAAAGAAAAA